GUUUUCGGUAGUUGGGGAAAGGGUUUUUCUUUCCGCUCCAAAAACAUUACAAGUGCUCUCUCUUCCAUAGCCGAAUUCAAAUUAGAAGAAGAAGAACCUAUAUAAGUUGUUCUUCUUCUUCAUACCUUAACUCUCACUCACAAGUCCUGUGAUUCAAAUCCAGACCAGAAAUAAUGGCUACCAUCGUCCCCCCAGCAGCUACUACUCCACCAGCGGCUUCGAAACCUACCGUGAUCGAGCCGGAGAAAGUCGAUUACUUGAACCUGCCUUGCCCUAUUCCCUACGAAGAAAUUCACCGCGAGGCUCUCAUGUCCUUGAAGCCUGAACUUUUCGAAGGGAUGCGCUUUGAUUUUACCAAAGUACUUAAUCAGAAAUUCUCUUUGAGUCACAGUCUUUUCAUGGGACCUACAGAAAUUCCUUCUCAAUCUGCUGAAACAAUUAAAAUACCUACUGCUCACUAUGAGUUUGGUGCUAACUUCAUUGACCCGAAGUUGAUGCUUUUUGGGAGGAUAUUGACGGAUGGAAGGCUGAAUGCAAGAGUGAAGGCUGAUUUGUCCGAGAAUCUUACUUUGAAGGCCAAUGCUCAACUUACAAGUGAGCCUCAUAUGUCGCAUGUAAUGGCCAAUUUUGAUUAUAAGGGUAAAGAUUAUAGAACACAAUUUCAACUAGGGAAUGGUGCUUUAUUUGGAGCCAGUUACAUCCAGAGUGUGACCCCCAACUUGUCUUUGGGUGGCGAAGUAUUCUGGGCUGGUCAGCAUCGAAAGUCUGGCAUUGGUUAUGCUGCACGAUACAACACAGAUAAGAUGGUUGCUACAGGACAAGUUGCUAGCACUGGAAUGGUUGCUCUGAGCUACGUUCAGAAAGUCUCUGAAAAGGUUUCUCUAGCAUCAGACUUCAUGUACAACUACAUGUCAAGAGAUGUCACUGCAAGCGUCGGUUAUGACUACAUCCUCCGUCAGUGUCGUCUUAGAGGGAAGAUUGAUUCCAAUGGUUGCACAGCUGCUUUCCUGGAAGAGCGGCUCAAUAUGGGUCUUAAUUUUAUCCUUUCAGCUGAGAUAGAUCACCGGAAGAAAGACUACAAGUUUGGUUUUGGGUUGACAGUAGGAGAAUAGAUUAGAUGGCACGGAUGCUGUUCUCGGUUAUAUUGAAGUGUAUUGUUGCGAUCAUCUUGACUUGUGUUAAUGGGUUAUUUUUUUGUCCUUUCAAUGAAGAUCAAAAGCAUCAGUUUUGUAAUUUUGUCGAGCGACGUCAUUUAUGGGACAUUGCCUGCUAGUGCACCAAUUUUAGCAUUCGUAGUAGUAGUUGAUUUUGCAGUGGGAGCUAUUAUCGAAAAACCCUAUAAAUAUUGUAGAAUUUUUCCCCAUGGAAAAUGAGUUUAUGUAUCAACUUAAUAAAUGGUGCC